UUCCGUCGAGGACCCCGCCGCUGCCUUCCGAUCCACCAUGCCGUUGCCGGACUUUCCUCUGCUGCUACCACCAGAAGUCACCCAACUGCGAAAGGCUUAAGAAACAAGCCGUUUCCUUAUUAUGAUGAGUUAGGACUUGUGUUUGGAAAGGAUCGUGCUAAUGGACAGGGUGCAAUGGGAUUGACUGAUAUGGUUAAUGACAUUGAUAAAGAAACAGAAAAUGAUCUUGAUUAUGAUAUCUUGCUUAUGUUUGAUGAGCACAUGGAUACUGCAAGUAUUGGUGGUCCUAGCAUACAAACAACUUCAACACCAUUAGUAUCAAGAAGGAAAAAGAGAAAGAGAUCUCAAUGUGGAGAUGUAUUGGUUGAUACUUUAACUGAGACAGUACAGAAGUUUUCCGAUAUGUAUGCUAUGGCUGGUGAGAAUAUUGGUGGGCUUGCUAAUUGUUUUCAAUACGAGGCUGAUAGUGCUGCAAGGAGGAUGCAGGUGUUUGAUGAAGUGAAGAAGGUAGAAGGACUAACAAAUGCACAACGAGUAUGAGUCGGAAAACUUCUUGUCCAAAACCAUGACUA